UUUCAAAUUUAUUUCAACUCUUAAUUUCUUUUACUUCAAAUAGAUACGAUAAAAGUACAAGCUAUUUCUUUUAAAUAAUGCGCGAUUUAAUCGCAAGUAAACCAUUUACAUUAGAUUAAACUCGCGACAACGCGAUUAAAGCCGCUUGUUGCAAACACUGAUCUGGAAGCUUCAAAGUGACAAGGAGAUAUGCGACUUAAAUGUAAUAUCUGUUUCACCACGUAUUAAUUCGCAUUAGUUCCUACUUUGUUUCUAGUUACCUGUUAAUUUUACGAGUGAGACAUACACGUUUGUGUGUGAUAAUGGUGAGAAUAAUGAUGGUAAAAGUGUUAAUGUUCCUUCUAUUCACAAACGAGGUGCUACAUAUUUUUGGAAGAUUGACCGUAAUACGUGUAGCUCAAUCUCAGACAGAGAGAAAAUUGACUUGUGUCUCCGAGGAUGACGGCGCAGCUCUUGUGUGGAACGAUGAGAUAUCAGAAACAUCAAUUAGGGAAUCGAACCCAAUGCGGUUCUACAAUGUAGAUGCAAGGCAAUCAGAUGAAGACAGUAUAGAUUGCAAAAUGGACGAAAACGAUGAUUGUUUGCAAUUCUGGAUUAGAGAAAACUGGAAUUUUACAAAUUCCUUUAAAACACCAUUGGGUCCGGUAUUUGAUCGACGAUGGGAAGAUUUUCAGGAAUAUGAAAACUUUAACAUGGAAUAUGAUCAUGUACUAUUAGAAAAUACAACAGCGUUUUCCUUUUCGGUUCGUGGAGUGUCAAAUAACGAGUUGCAAAUAAUAUUUUGCAAUGGUGACAAUUAUACGAGAGAUUUUUGUUAUUGGAUCAUAAUAGGCACUUGGGGCAAUACGCGAUCCGUUGUACGCAGGUGUCCAAUAGAAGUGCCCAAACUUAGAAUGGAGGCUCAGGACGAGGAGUGCAGGACAGAUAAAGCUCCCUUCUCUCACAACCCACUAUCAUUAACUGAAUGGAGGACUUAUCUCGUUAUGUGGAACAUCACGAAUCGAAGCAUAUCACUUUACGAUCCUAGCAGUGAUAAUGUUUUUAUAAGAUACGAGGAUAUGAAACAGCCGAAAGAAAAAGUGGAAGGUAAACCAGUGACAAACUCAGGCAUUUUUUAUUAUUAUCACAUGUUUAUAGGAAGCGCUGACAUGCUGAUUUACCGAUUUCACAAAUAUUCCUUUCUGCAUACAACCGUCGCAGAUACAAUUUUAACGAGUCCCACUAUAUGUAUACAAUUAUUACUUGGCCUCUGUGUAGAAUGCGAAAUGGACAUAGUAUUAUAUGACAGAACAGGCAAUAUAGAGCUGAAAAGUUUUCUUGUAAAAGGCUCUACGAAAGCUGCAAGUCACGGCUUACCUUCAUGGCAAUUUAUUACAAUAAAACAUUCAACAACUACUUAUGAUAGGGCGACAAUGAAAUUAACAUCUAAACUUAACUCGCGCAGUUCUGAUCCAUUGUGGGCAGUGGCUAAUGUUCGUCAAUGUCCCAGAAGGAAUGUGUCGUUCAGGAAAAGUGUUCUGCUGUCUACUAGAUUAUCUACUUGGUACGAUUGGCCGAACGUGAUGUGUCAAAAAUUAUUUUACGAAAAUUCCUCUGUUGUGAACGCUGCAUCAUAUGUCCAAUCAUAUGUAGAAUUGAAUAACGUAGUAUGUCCUGAAGGCCGAAUUGGACCCAAUUGUUUGCUUUAUUGCGAAAGUGAUGCAUAUAAUUACAAUUGCAAAGAACAUGUAAUUUGUUAUGAAGAAGGUUGUACCUGUCCUCCAGGAUUCAGAGGAGAAAAUUGUGCUUUAUCAUGCGAAAAAAACAGAUACGGUUAUGGCUGCAACCAGAUAUGCGGUUCGUGCAGCAAAUAUCGAAUGACUUCAUCACCUGAUACAUGUAAUAAACUAACUGGAGCGUGUACUGCUGGAUGCACUUAUGAUGAAUAUACACUUUAUAUACCACCUUUAUGUAAAAUGUGUAAGCGAAAAAUAAUUCGGAGAUUGCCUUUUAUUGAUUUGCUUAAAGAUAUGUACAAGCCCGAACCACCCAAAAUUGACACUGUAGGUAAUACAACUAUACAGGUCAACGUUCCUGUAGAAUGGAAGGAUGAAUACAAAGGAUUACUAGAGUAUGCUUUUAUCAUUUCGUCAAGUACAGGUAAUACUAAUUACACUGGUUGGAAGCGAGUAUUUCAGAAUAUGACAGAGUUGACGGAACGUUUUACAAAUUUAGAAUCCGGUGUCAUUUAUAACAUUGCAUGUAUAUUUCGUGUUUGUAACCAGUAUGAUAACAUGUGUAGUAACUAUAUACAGAGUAAUUGGCGAACGGCGGAGACUGUUUGCAAUCGAACCGACUUUGUGUUGGAAUCUGAAGAACAUAGCUUGUUAAUUGAUUGGAAACUCGACCCAAAGCAACCGUUUCCAUGUCCGGCGACUUGGUAUCGAAUAAUAGUACAAGUUAUAGGCAAAAGAACACCAUUGUUAAAUACAACAGUUAAUCACUUUCCGUAUAAAGUGUCGCAGAAAUUGCCAUCUUAUACUUCCUUUACGGUAACCAUAGUUCACGAAGCUAAAAUAAUAUUUUCCGACGACAUUCGUACACUCGAAGAAGCUCCAUCGAUUGUGUUAAAUGCUAGAAGCCUAAAUGCAUUUGAUAGGAACGUUACUUUGGUAUGGAAACCUCCAAGGGAACCAAAUGGAAUGAUAAAGAAGUAUGAAGUGACAUUACAGGUUAUGCAAUAUUAUGGCUGCAAAGAUUCUGUAUUUAAUCUAAAUAAUGCCAAAACUACAUAUUCGACAAGCAAUACAACAAUCUUAAUCCAAAAUUUGCAUCCGUUUGCAUUGUAUGAAGCAAUGCCUGUAGCUCACAACGCACAACGUAGCAGCGACCCCGUAUCGAUACCGUUUAGAACCAAAGAAUCUGAUAUAGCAACAGAAGUAUUCAGCCAGAUAAAUGUACAGGAUUGGAAAUUAACAUGGGGAUUACCUGACGACUGCACCACUAUUACGGGAUCAUUAUAUGCUAGAAUAAAAAUACGCACUAUUAACGACGAAAACUUCCCCAUAGUAAAACAAACAGAAUAUAAUUCUCUUUCUUUAAAGUACCAAACAAAUGUAUUAGGUGGGGAGCAAUAUGUAGCAAGAGUGUAUGUAAUAAGAAAGGCUAAUGCUGAAGAGAACUCUUCCGCUUAUCAAGAAAUUGAGUUUACAACUCCACCUGGAAUUCCGCCCCAGGUAACCAAUCUGGAAGUCUACGAGACUGAUACUCGUGAAGAUCAAAAAGUCGUAUAUUUGAGAUGGCAGGAGCCAAUUCCACCUCUCAACGGAACAUUACGUAGUUAUAGCAUCCUAUUAUGUAACACACAUGAAUGCUCUUCUACAGAAGUUCCAUUGACUAAUAUCUGCAAAUUAUGGAAUGAUUACGUUUGCGGAUCUGUUAAAUUUAAAAUCAAGAAUCUUACAAUUGCAGUUGUCGCACAUAAUCAGGAUGUUCGUGAUCCAGGUCCUCGGUUUACAGUAUCUAAGGAAGAGCUUAAUAAUCAAAUUCCAGAAGAACCUGCUAAUUUCACUGUACUACCUCAUAAUAAAGGCAUUGUAGAUUUAUACUGGAAGCAUCCUUGGAAAACGGGUAGCCGUCUCGAUCAUUUCUAUAUCAUGAUAAUACCGCUUUCCACAAAUCUGGUAAAGUUUCUGGAAAGAAAUUGGCGAACUUAUAAUUCGUCCAUUAAUGUUACGGUGGCAAAUUAUAUGCGCGAAUAUACGAAACGAUUAUACCUGCACCCUUCAACGCAAUACCACAUCUUCAUUAAAGCUGUAACAGUUUUGGGGAUGUCUAGCACAGUAAAAUACAAAGAAUUCAAAACACCUUCCAGCUUAAAGUUCAGCGGUCCUCUAAAAUAUGUAAUGCACGAUUCAAUGAUUUCAUUAAAUAUUCCGCAUAUUGUAAACUAUACAAAGGACAGCACAAUACACGUCAUAGUAAAAGGACCAUUGGGACCCAAUGGUUGCAAAGGAUAUUUGAGAGUACCUGAAGAUCUGCAAGCUAUAGCAGACAUAGAUGUGUCCCAUGUCGCUUGGGAAGCCGCUGAAAUUUCGAGUCAACAAAAUCUUAACAAACCAUUUACGAUCGGCAACAAUAAAAUGUAUGGCAGAGCCAAGAAUUGCCAAUUGCAACCUAAGGAAUCGUACGACAUAACGGUUAUUGUAACUGAGAAUAAUGAAAAUUCACUUAUUGAUCCGAUCAUGCUCAAAAUAACAGUUCUCAACGAUGAGAUUUCACCACGGCCACGUCACGAAGCAUGGCUCAUACCUGUAAUAUUAAUUCUCAUCAUGGCAGCCGUGUUACUGUAUUUGUACCGCAGGAAAAGGCAGACAGCGAUUAAAUUAAUGCUGCAUACCGACAUACCCUUAUCUCAUAACAUCGAGAAUUAUGAGCAUGAAAGACAUUCUGUAAUAUCAAAUUCGGAACAGAGUCUCUCAACUCUUUCCGACAGGCAAUCGCGAGUAACUUCAUAUCAUCAUUAUGAAGAGAUAAAGGAAAUAACAUGGAUAGUGAAAGUAAAAGAUUUCGACACUUUUGUUAAACAGGCAAUAGAAACAGGAUUGCUGAAUCAGCAAUGCGAGAAGUUACCAAAACGACACACUCAAUCAUGUGUUUAUGGUAAGCUUCCACAGAAUAUAAUAAAAAAUCGAUGCGAGAAUCUUGUUCCAAAUGACGAUACGCGCGUUGUGCUGAAGCAACUUCCGAGCGAUCCUCAUUCCGAUUAUAUCAAUGCCAAUUACAUCACCGGCUAUAGGAAGAAGAAACAUUACAUAGCCACUCAAGGGCCCAAACCCAACACGGUUAUCGAUUUCUGGCGCAUGAUUUGGCAAGAGAAUGUUCUAAUUAUUUGUAUGCUGACAAACGUAAUUGAAAAUGGAAAGACUAAGUGCGAGCAAUAUUGGCCAGAUAUCGGCAAUAAGAAGAAAUACGGCAAUAUUAUUGUGCUGAAUGCGAAGCAACAUGUCACAGCCGAUUAUUGCUUCAGAACUUUCCAAAUCACUUACGGAAGAGAAACGCGGAAGGUGGAACAUCUGCAUUAUACGGCUUGGCCGGAUCGUGGUGUACCAUGGUACACACACUCCAUAGUAACGUAUCUAAAAAAAUUAUUGGCAACUCCACCUGGUAAUGGCUCCGUGAUAGUCCAUUGUAGUACAGGCGUCGGCAGAACCGGAGUCAUCAUUCUGUGCGACAUUUGUCUCCGUCAAGCAGCGGCCGAAGGAGUGGUCGACAUUUUUGCCAAAACGGUAUCCAUUAAAAGCGAGAGAGCUAAUAUAAUUCACAGUAAGCAACAGUACUUAUUAGCACAUUUGGUGUUGAUGGAAUGUUUACUUUCCAUGCCGACCACGUUACCGUGCAAUAAGAUGUUGUCAAAGCAAAUCCAAGAAUUGAAAAAACAAUUACCAGAGCAACAACAAAGAUUACAAAAUACUGCAUGGCAAGACGAAGCUCUGCAACCGAUCCCGUUGGCACCGCCAUUGUCGGAGUGUAAUCGUAAAAAGAACAGAUUUCCGGAAUUGAUUUCAGAUAAGAUCAGCAGAAUAUAUUUGACGAGAUAUCCAGCAUCAGACGAGGACAGCGAUUAUCUAUCUGCUGUUUACGUAGACGGAGUAAAACUUCAGAAACAAUAUUUAGCCACCCAACUGCCCAUGCCAUCAACUAUUAGUGAUUUUUGGCGUAUGGUUGCCGAAUUCAAAGUGGAACUCAUUCUCAUGCUGCAGUUGCCUGACCCUCAAGAUCUUACUUGCUGUGGAAUCGCUCCUGCGAGCGGCGAGUUUAAACCAACGCCAUAUUUAAACAUUACAGUGAAGGAAAUUGUAGAACUGAAGUAUCAUACAUCACAAAAAUUGUUACUCGUUGAUAAUUCCGAGAAACCAUCGAGGGAUCGAUCCGUGACUAUACUCCGUCUUACAGAAUGGGAACCCGGAAGGAAUCAACCACCGCCAUCGGUCAUAACGAUGGUGAUGUUUUGGCAAGCCGCAGAAAGAAUUGCAAGAGGCGACGGACCUACUGUCACAAUUUGCCAUGACGGAGUAACUGGAUGCGGUCUCUAUUUAGCGUUGAGUUUUCUGCUAGAACGAAUGGCGGUUGAGAAAGAAUUCGAUGUUUAUUCAGCAGUACGUGCAGUUCGACGAUCAAGACCGGAUUUUGUCGAAUCAUUGGAACAUUUGGAAUAUCUGUAUAAUGCCGCAGUAGCAUAUUUGGAGCACUUCAAACCUUAUGCGAAUUUUUCAUGAAUAAUUUUAAAUAAGUUGCUCAUAUGAGACAAUAAUAUAAUAUUAAUAUAUAUUAAUAA